AUGUUCGCUGCCCGUGCCAACUCGUUCCCCGUACCCGACGACUACUUCCCGGAUGUGCAUCUAUCGCAGCUUCAGGUGGUCGAAUUGGAGCAGAAGAUGAUGCUGGCGGUGAAGAACGCGCUGGCCGACUACGAUAUGCACGAGGCCAUGGGGCCAAACCCGAGCUAUGGCGAGGGCUGGAAGACCUUGGGCUCGGUCGCUGAGCUCACCACCGUGCGGCAGACCGGUGACGCAGCCAGAUGCCAGUGCCGCAUCUUCGGCCGCCUGCGCGGCGACUACCGCAACUUCAUCAACUUCUUCUACUCGGAGACCUCGAGCCAGCUCUUCGCGUGGAACCAGUUCAUGUACGGUAACGCCGUGGACGCCGCCGUCCUCAAGAACAUCCACACGAGCUCCUCGGGCAAGCCGCACCUGUAUCUGGGCAUCAAGUGGACGUGUCUGCAGCCGUUCGCUCUCGUCAAGAAGCGCGACACCUGCUUCCUCGAGUACAUGGCCUUCACGAAGGACCUGCGCGGCCGAGACAUUGGCGUGCGCGUCAACAUGCCGCUUACAUUGCCCGAGUGUCCGCCGCUACCCGACAAGAUGAAGACCAAGCGGAUGCAGAUGCUGAUCGUGUCCAUUGUGCGCCCGGCUGAGGGAGACCCGCAGUCGACGGAGCUGUUGCUCAUGAGCCAGAACGACUUUGCCGGGUUCGCUGUACCGGGCUUCUACUUCAAGCGGCUCAUGGCCAAGCUGAACGACAUGGCCGAGUACGUCGACGCGAAGCUGAUCUUGAUCCACGGCAUGAUGAAGCGGAGCUGCUGGGUGGACAAGAAGGCACGAUCGGAGUGCCGCUUGUGCUCGCGCGGCUUCUCCACCACACGCCGUCGCCAGCACUGCCGGCUGUGUGGUGAGGUCUUCUGUAAGCAGUGUUUGCUCCAUCGCGGAGCUCGGGAAGGCGAGGAAGACGGCGACAACGCGCAGCGGACUUUCAACGUAGUCAAGACAAAGUUCUGCCGCGUGUGCGUCGCCAAAGUGCGGGACGUGGACGUGACGCUGCCGGAUCCGGGAAAGCAGGGCAAGGGCGAGGACCAAUCGACCACACUGAGCGCGUUCGCAGACUCUAGGGCGUCGACGAAGCCUGACGAUGACGACGAGCGCAGCGACCUGGACGGAGGCAACAGGGCGGCACCUUCCAUCGGCGUCGACAUGUCGAAGCUCAUGUCGGCCUCCCAAAUGAUGCGCCGCAUCAACGCCGGAGCUUUCGACAAGGACAACUCCGCCCACUACCAGCUCACUACUCCCGGACUUACGACAAACGGCUCGAGGCGAACCAUUACGCAGUGUAUCGCCGAGCAGGAGGAGCUGUUGAGGAGAUUGGUGCUCGCUGCGCAGGAGGCGCAGCCCUGA